AGUGAGUGACUUGUCGGCGGCUGUGCGUGCAGACCCCAGGAGAUGAGGGCCCUGCUCUUGACCCUUGGCCUUGUCGCCUCCCUGCAGGCCCAGGAUGCUCCGGUCUUGGACAGCUGGACUGAGGAUGUGUCAGGAAAGUGGUAUCUGAAGGCCGUGACCACAGACCAGGACGUUCCCGGAAAGAAUCAGGAGUUGGUGACGGCCAUGACCUUCAGCGUCCUGGAGGGGGGUGACCUGGAGGCCAAAGUCACGUUGCGGGUUGACGGUCAGUGCCAGGAGACGGGCCUGGUCCUGGAGCAAACCAACGAUCCCAGUAGAUACACGGCCUAUGGGGGCAAACACGAGGUGUUCAUCUUGCCGUUGCGGGCGCAAGACCACUUCAUCCUGUACUGCGAAGGCGAGCUGGACGGACGGCAGAUCCGUGUGGCGAGGCUUCUGGGAAGAAACCCGGAGAACAGCCCGGAGGCCUGGGAGGAAUUCACGGAGUUCGCAAAAGCCAAAAAGUUGAACCUGGAGAUCUUCAGGCCCCUGCAGAGCGAAACUUGCUCUCCCAGAGGAAACUAGGGGCAGGGGGCACCGAGGCACCACGGCGGCCCCCGGGCAGCGCCUCCAGAGUGUCCGCCCUGCAGGACGAGGAAGGAGCCUGUUCCUGGGACCCGGGCCGCUGCACCCCUCCCUCCCAGCUCCCCACCCUCUCCUGGCUUCAAAUAAAGACUUUCAG